AUGCCUCUUUCCAGCAAAAAGAACCAGGCGCUCGCCGCUGAGCAUCAACACCUCGCAGCCUCCGGCGCUGCAGGCCCAGGCCCCACCUACGGCUCCGGCCCCGGCCAUGCAAACGCCGCAAACACCGCAAACGCCAACCUCCCCGGCCCGGCGCCCUUCACCGCCGGACCGCACCGCCACGACAUCCUCAACAAGCUGGAUCCCACUGUCGAUAGCGGCACGGGUGGAAUGCAGGUCAUGACCGGCGCUCAACACAACGCAGGAAUGGGAAUGGCUGGUGGAGCUCAGGGCCAGGCCCCCGUCCACGGCCGAGGCGUCAUGGGCAGCAACAACCCCUACGGCGGCAACGCCGUUGAUCCGACGCUGCCCAACGCCGGCAACUACUACACCAUGGGCACAAACGUCGUCCCGGGUGGCAAUUCCGUGCCUCGAAAUGCUCCCGAGGGCACGUAUGGCCCUCACACCUCUCGCCUGGCCAAUGCUGCUGAUCCGCGAGUCGACUCUGACGCAGACCACCGCCGAAGAGUAGGACUCGGCACUGGAGCUGGCUCAGGAGCCGCAGCUAGAGGCGGCGCUGGAGUUGGAGCUGGAGGAGGCAUGGGAGCUGGAGGAAACGCCAGGCCCAUCUUCCCCCCCGGAGUGGGAGGACCAGCUCCGACCACAGCAGGACCUCAUCGACAUGACAUUCUGAACAAGCUGGACCCGAGUGUGGAUAGUCGAUCUGCCACCACGGUUGAUGCUACCGGUCGUAAAAUCAUUCCCUAA